GGAGCUGCUGGCCGGUUGAAGCCGCCCACACUGUCUACAAAAAAACAAGAAGAGACAGGCAAAAGUGAUCGAUAACAGGGGAAACUUUGCCUCCAGUCAUGUUUUGUAUUGACAUUUCUCAGUAGAAAACUAUCAAACUGCAGAGACUGUAAAUAUUUCAAAAUUAAAUAAGGAAGCACAUUAAAAAGGAAACUGGAAAAUGUAGAUUUUUUUUGUGGACGUCUCAUGCUGGGCAGGAGGAAGGCCUGCUUGACCUAAAAGAGGAAGAAAGAAUGCUAGUGUUAAAUUGCUGAUCUCACUCAGAAUGUCUCUGACUGUGUCUCUGGUGUUUCUGCUCUUCAUCUCUGGAGUUGCUGCUCAGGAUGGGUGGGCUGUGAAUUACAACUCUAAAUCUAUCUGUGCUCUAAAGGGCUCUACAGUGACCAUGAGCUGCACUUACACAUAUCCAAGAGGUUACUGGGUCCGAAAAGCUUUCUGGACCAAAGAGUGGACUAAAGGUUUAGAGCCUCCUGAUCUGUUAUAUCAGCCAGAGUACAGAGGCAGAGUUCUGUACCUCGGAGAUAAACACAGUGACAGCACUCUCAGAUUUAAGACUGUGAGAGAAAAGGAUCAAAGUAAAUACUACUUCAGAUUUAUAACAGACCGACCUGGAGGAAAGUAUCAAGGUGCAGGUGGAGUUGAUCUUUCAGUCACAGAUCUCCAGGUGGAGGUUCCUGAGAGAGUGAUAGAGGGAGAUAAAGUCACUCUCACAUGUAAAACCACCUGCAGUCUGACAGUCAGACCAACAUUCACCUGGUACAAAAAUUGGCAUCCUUUAUCCUCCAGUACUGACCAGCUCAACCUGCAGUCGGUCAGCAGGGAGGAUGCAGGCAGGUAUUACUGUGCUGUACUGGGUCAGAGCCUUCGCUCUCCUGAGGUCACUCUUAAUGUCAGAUAUGGCCCAAAGAGUGUCUCAGCAUCCAUCAGUCCCUCUGGUGAAAUAGUGGAGGGCAGUUCAGUGACUCUGACCUGCAGCAGUGAUGCAAACCCACCUGUGGAAUAUAACUGGUUUAAAGGAACAUCAUUAGUAGCAGAAGGAGAGACUUACACAAUGAACAAGAUCAGCUCUGUGGACAGUGGAGAAUACAAGUGCAGGUGCAGCAAUGGAUACAUAGUCAAAUACACUGCUGUAACUCUGAAUGUUCUGUAUCCUCCAAAGAACGUCUCAGUGUCCAUCAGUCCCUCUGGUGAAAUAGUGGAGGGCAGUUCAGUGACUCUGACCUGCAGUAGUGAUGCAAACCCACCUGUGCAGAGCUACACCUGGUUUAAGAAACUGAGCAGUGGAACUCUGCAGAAAUCAAAAAGUCAGAUCUACAACAUCUCAAACAUCAGCUCUGCAGAGAGUGGGGAAUAUCAGUGCAUGGCAGCCAACACGCAAGGUUCUCGAUACGCAGAGUACAAGUCAUUAACAGUUUUAUAUGCUCCAAAAAAAGCCCAGGCAUCCAUCAGUGAAACAGCAGAGGGCAGUUCAGUGACUCUGACCUGCAGCAGUAAUGCAAACCCACCUGUCCAGAACUACACCUGGUUUAAAGAAGGUGGAAGCUCACCUGUAGGAUCUAGACACAGUUACACGGCUCUACAGAGUGGAUCCUACUACUGUGUGGCUCAGAAUGAACACGGAUCUCAGAAAUCAGCUGCAGUGACUGUCACUGUAAAACGUAUGAAUUGUAAAAUAGCUGUUUAAUCUGGGAAACAUUUUGUUAAAUUCCUAAAAGAAAUUAGCAUAACUUGAACCAGACUUUCCUGUUUCUCUCCACACAGGGGUUUGGAAUGCAGUUCUAUAUGCCGUUCUAGGCAUGGUAGCUGUUGGAUGUUUAUUUGCCAUCAUUGCUGUUUUGUGUGUAAGGUAAGAAUAUACUUAAUAAUUCUGUUUUUCUUCUUCUACUAAUUAUUAAUAUUGUUAUCAUUCUAUUUCAGAAGGAAAAGAAAGCAUGAUUCAGCCAAUUAUGCAGAACAAAAACAGGCAAGUCCCCUAAAACAAAAGUUUUAUACAGUUACACAAGUAUUUGAUAAUAAAAUACAAAAGAAAACACUAUUUUGAACUCUAUUCAUUUUGAUUAUUUCCUGUUCAUGGUAUACACAUGCUCACAUUUGCUAACAAACCAAUCACAGGUGUCUGAAAUGUUUUACAGUAUUUGUUCCAACAUUUCAGUUUUACAUUUAAAUAAAUAAUAAUAA